AGGUCUGUUUGGUCUGCCGCUCGCGCAAGUAGUCAGUUGGUUAUUGACACAUUGCCAAUAUGGCGGUAAAGUAGAAAACGAUGGGCCUGCUUAGCGUGCACCGUGAUCUCAUUCCCGUGCAGUGAGAAUUUUCCCAGGGUUAAACUGAGGCCUAUUACCAGCGGCUAUAAUCAUGAUGCCAAGUUUACGGAAGAAAGUUGCCGGUUUUAUGCGCCAAUUAUCUAUUAGCAACUUGGCUAGCGCCGUGGAGAGCAUAACUUUUGGGGAACAACCACUUCAAAGCUCACGAUCAAUGGCUCAGGAUUUUGGUGGCUGCUUCAUCACGCGCUAUCUAAAUGGACUAGAAACAAAGCAAGAAGGACCACCUAUUUUACACGGCCGAAAUCCAGAGGAAUUACCGAGUAGACAGCUCGACAGCUUUCACGAAAAUGAAGAAAUUUUCGCAGCCUAUACUGGCCCUGAUAGUGGUCUUACAGCAGUCAAUCUUCAACAGAAACAUUUGAGUAUUAGCGAUACUGAUAUUGAUUACAUAGACAUGCUAGAUCAAAAUGAGCAAUAUAGAAGUGGAUCAGCGACAUCAAACGUUACUGUUGCUGGAGUUACUGAUUGGUUUAAUCCUCAUGAAAAUGCGUACGGAAUUGCAACUACGCUGUAUGAGAAAAAUCCUACAAAUAAUACUAAUAAUGGAGAACCGAUAGCCGAUUGCUUUGGCAUUGUAGCAAGGCCAAAUUCUGCUAUAUUGGCUCUCGCAGAUGGUGUCAAUUGGGGUACAAAAGCGAGUAUAGCAGCUAGGUCGGCAGUUCAUGGAAGUAUAGAGUAUUUGAAUCGAGCCCUAUUUUGUCCGUCUAUGAACAGUGAAAUGACAACGACGAGAGAUGUAUUUAUAGCGUUACUUCGGUCAUUCCAUGCAGCGCAUUCGUUGAUCCUUCAGGAACAGGGAAUGCUCACUACCUUAACAGUAUGCACAAUCCUUCCACUGCCAAGUUCAAGUACUGACACAAAUGUAUGUCAGAAAAAGUAUAUUGCUUGUACCUGCAAUGUUGGUGAUAGUUUGGCCUACGUAUAUUCGAGGAAAACUGGGGUGAGAGAGAUAACACGAGGAUCCCACGAUAUUCAUUGCAUGCGUGACAUGCGAGAUGCCUUAGGAGCUCUAGGUCCGGUAGACGGCUCUAAUCCUGAAUUGAAUAAUUUAACACUGGCUAUAACGGAAGUCGAGACAGGCGACAUAGUGUUCCUGACGAGUGACGGAAUUUCGGACAAUUUUGAUCCUGUGGUGGGAAAGUUUGCGGUUUUGCCCAAUUACAGUAGCGGCGCCGAUGCGACGCUGAAGAGUCACGACGCGAGAUCGAAAACGCGUCGCAAAUCCGUGGAAAAUCUGCGGCAGACAGAGUCGAGCAACAGUAACGGAAAUAGCAACAAUCUGCCAGUAGUCGAAGCUUAUCAAAGACACGAGCUCACGCUGCUCAGAAUGGAAGACUUGCUGAGACGUGGAGUUUCUGGAGAGGGGCCACCGUGCAAUAGUGCCAAACACCUGUGCGAACUCCUUCUGGAUUUUGCGGUUCGCAUAACUGCCGCAAAGAGACGGAUCCUGGAAGAUACGGAAUUGUAUUAUGCGGAGCAUAAAGAUGGUCAAUUGAUACAACUCUCGAAGCAAGAGCAAAGGUCUCGUAGGAAAAAGACAUUGGAGAAAAUAUCUAUGAUUCCUGGCAAGCUAGACCAUGCAACGGUUGUAGCGUAUGUAGUCGGAUCCUAAAUUCGUUCAAAAAUGUAAUUUACAAUUACUCACGAUGAUAAAUAUAGUUUUUAUUUGUAUAAAAACAAAAAAGAGAAAAGAAAUUAAUAAAUCGAACUUUCUAUAUUAUAAUAUUCGUACUUAGGAGUAAACAAAAAGAAAAUAAAUAUAUCUUUUGCAAUCCAAUAUCGAGCUAUUUUUAUCUUCGCAAAUAAUUAUAAUUUUUUAAAUCUACACUACAUUAAUACUCAAUAAAGAAAAGUCACAAGAGUACUUGUUUGUUUACAAAAAUUGUAUCCUAGGAUAGUUUUAACUAGGAAAUAAUUAAAUAAACGUAUACAAAGCAUA